AUGAAUGGUGUCGGGGAGGCUUGCACUGACAUGAAGCGCGAAUAGGACCAGUGCUUCAACUGCUGGUUUGCUGAGAAGUUCCUCAAGGGGGAUGGUUCUGGGGACCCGUGCACCGAUCUCUUCAAGCAUUACCAACAGUGUGUUCAGAAAGCAAUAAAGGAGAAAGAGAGAAAGAUUCCUAUUCAAGGAUUGGAGUUCAUGGGCCAUGGCAAAGAAAAGCCUGAAAAUUCUUCUUGACUCUGCUUGUCACCUUGAAAAUGGAUUCCUCAUAUCAGGAAAUUGAGAGGACUUUGGAAGUUGUCAGCUUAAGGCUAUGAAGUCAUUACUAUUUAAUGAGUUUGGGAGGAAGUUGCCUCUUCCUCCCACUUGUAAAGAUGCUGCUUUGAGAUGAUUUCUCACUUGCUUUGGCAUUUCACAGGAAUUCACUGUGCUAAAGUGAACAAUUUCUUGGGAUAUGGUUGCAAUAUAUGGUCUGGAAUCAACUUCAAAUAUACCUUCAGCAUAAAUCAUGAUAAGCUAG